GAUGACCACGAGGCCGGUGGACACCAACGCCACACCACCACCACAUCCGCCACCAACACCUCCCCCACCACCCAAACACCACACCUCCUCCACCACCCCAACCAUCACACCCUGUGUUCGGCCCAACAGUUGCAGCAGUUGUUGAGCGCCUCCAACACCACCGCCUCCUCAGUGGUGAAGACGACGGCCGCCGUCACGACCUGCGGACCCAAGUGCUCGUCGCCCACCUCUUCGUCGCCGAAACUCAAUCUGAUGGCCGAACUGUUCGAGUCCGAGGAGGAGGACGAUGAGGACGACGACAACUCUGAGGUUGAGUCGUUCACAUUAGACGAAGAGCCUGUCGUCGACACAAACGCUUCCAAAUUCUUAUUGUCUGCCGAAACCUCUGACUCCAAACUGGUUACAGGCAUUCAUUUGGGAGAACCCGCAGAAAUGGACGCCCAGUCGCGAGCAAACCUCGAGGCGCUACUCGAAGCCGACAAGCAUCUGAUCGACGCGGACGUCCUGAGACGGAUCGCCUCGUCGCUGGCCGUGAGUGACGUCCACUGCGCUCUGGACGAGGCCGCGCAGGCCAUCGCCAAAAUGCGGAUCAGCGACUCCCAGCUCACAGCCAUCACCCCAUUGACUGCCAACGUGUUGCACAAAUCGGCGGAUCCAUCGCAAGAAUUGACAGCUAGUAUGGAGGGCUCGUCGCGACUGAUGGACGACCGGUCCGAGAGGUGUAGUGUCAACGAAGUGACAGAAGAGGGCGAAAGCUUUCUGUCGUUCGCGUGCUCUUCGGGUCACUACGAACUGGCGAAACAACUGUUGGUCGCGCGCGCCAAUGUUGAGGAUAGGGGUCUCAAAGACACCACACCUCUGAUGGACGCCGCGAACGGCGGACACCUGGAAAUUGUUGAGCUCUUAAUCAAACACAACGCCGAAGUGAACGCUCAGACAUCUCAAGGGAAUACUCCACUGAUGUUCGCCUGUGCCGGUGGUCACGAGGAAGUGGUGAAACUGUUGCUCAAAAACGGCGCCAACGUUGAGGACCACAACGAGAACGGACACACGCCUCUCAUGGAAGCUGCCAGCGCUGGUCACGUGACUGUGGCCACCAUUCUCGUUGAACACGGCGCCAGUAUUAACACGCAUUCAAACGAAUACAAGGAGUCGGCGCUCACUCUGGCCUGUUAUAAGGGACACUUGGAAAUGGUUCGCUUCCUACUGGAGGCCGGCGCCGAUCAGGAGCACAAAACUGACGAAAUGCAUACCGCGCUUAUGGAGGCCUCUAUGGACGGUCACGUGGAAGUGGCGCGUCUACUGCUGGACUCCGGGGCGCAGGUGAAUAUGCCGGCUGACAGCUUCGAGUCGCCCCUAACGCUGGCCGCCUGUGGCGGACACGUAGAGCUGGCGAUGCUUUUGCUGGAAAGGGGCGCCAAUAUCGAGGAGGUGAACGACGAGGGAUACACACCUUUGAUGGAAGCCGCCCGAGAGGGUCACGAAGAGAUGGUGGCUCUGCUGCUAAGUCAAGGCGCGGACAUCAACGCCCAGACAGAGGAGACUCAGGAGACGGCCCUAACACUCGCCUGUUGUGGGGGUUUUCUGGACGUCGCGGACUUUCUGAUCAAAGCCGGUGCCGACAUCGAAGCCGGCGCUAACACACCGUUAAUGGAAGCGGCACAGGAGGGGCACCUGGAUCUCGUGCGCCAUCUCAUCAACUCUGGUUCCAAUGUGAACGCGAUGACCAGUUCGGGCGACACGGGAUUGAUGUACGCCUGUGAGAACGGACACACGGAUGUCGCGGAGCUCCUACUACAGGCCGGCGCCGACUUAGAGCACGAGGCGGAGGGCGGCCGCACGUCGUUGAUGAAGGCGUCGCGCGCCGGACACCUCUGCACCGUUCAGUUCCUGAUCAAUAGGGGCGCGAAUGUGAACAAAGUGACCGCAAACAACGAUCACACGCCCCUCUCCCUGGCCUGUGCGGGCGGACACCUUGCGGUCGUCGAGCUUCUGUUGGCCAACGGAUCCGAUCCGACGCAUCGCCUUAAGGACAGCUCAACAAUGCUUAUAGAGGCGGCCAAAGGCGGCCACACGACUGUUGUCCAGUUGCUCAUCGAUUACCCAACGAAUCUGAUGGCACCGUCACCUCCUCUUAACGCGUCAGCCGAUGCCGAGCCGACGCCAAGGGUCCCCCCGCACGGCCUCCAACUCGAGGACACUUCCAGUCGAACGCAUUCUUCCAUUUCGUCUCUUCAAUCAAAACUAAAUCUUCAGAAAUCGAUUUCAAAGAAAAAUAUUCCCAAAGAUAACAAUACUUUAAACUCAACGAAUGUAAUGACAAGCAAAGGGUCCGAUCAGACGGACAGUUAUGUCUCGUUCUCAAAGGGCCGUUCAGUUAACAAAGUGUUGGAACGGAGUCUCUCUGACGGCGGCGUCUCACCGACGACGCCCACCAAUGUGAGCGCCGCCGAGUCGUCCACUUUCUCGAGCAUUGAUGCUCUGAAAGAAGCCGAAAGACUUGAGGCGAGGAUUAACGAUAUGAUCCGCAGAACCGAUGAAUUGGAUCCCGCGAAAGAGGAACAGAUCCGACAGAAGCAGCAAAUUCUCGAAGAGUUGCAGAGAGUGGAGCGCGAAUACCAGGCCCAUUGGCAGCAACAACUCAUUCAGUGUUAUCAGGCGGGCCUCUCGUGCGGGCCCUCCUUAUCCCAACUCUCGGCGAACAUACCCGUCGAUAGUAGUGGUCUCACCUCUCAAGGAAUGCCUGUUUUAGAAAUGCCCUCUUCGUUGCAAAAACCUCUCAAAACCGAAACACCGUUUCAAAUGCCUUCUGCCAUCAGUCAGUCCACCGGUUUUCAGACAACACCGACACCGUUGGCCACUGACUGUCCCAUGAAUUUGCCGGCAGUUCCCACGCAAACGACAUUUACGAAUACGAUGAGCACAUCGACGAACACACCCCUCUCUAUAUCAACCCCACCGGCGAACCGCCGCUUUCGGCCCAACAGUAAAAUCAAAAGUAUUUCAUCGAAACACUCGCACCAAACGACUCCUAAUUUCUUAAAGUCCUUGAGUUCGUCGCUCACAUCGGAAGAGGUGGAGAAAAAUAACCUGAAAAACGCCAUUAAUUCUGAACAUUUGGAUCAGAAUAGUAGCAAUUCUUCGGCCAGUAGUGGUCCACAGACGCAGACAAGUCUUCUACAACAGCAACAAAUGAUUUUAUCGGAAUUGGCCCAGAAUUUCAGUACCCGACCCGAAACCCUACAGUUCCUUCAGGCGGCCGCCAAUAACAUGAAGAUCGACCCCUCGAUCCCAUUCUUAUUGCCGCGACUUUUCGAGCCAAACGUCUCGUUGAGUCAGACGUCUGUCAUUCAAUCACAUCAAAGCCAACCGCCGACCACUCAAUCCGUUUCGCAUUUAACUCAAUCGAUUCAGACGAGCACUUCCACAGUGACUGCAAAUCAUGACAGCGUUAAGAAGUCUCUGCAGAUAUCCUCGAAACCAAAUAAAGUGAAUAAAUCGGCAAAAGUGGACAACUCGUUGCCGACACCCACACCGGCGCCCACUACUCCGCAACCGAUGCCUCCGAGUGGUUCGCUUCACAUCAAUCAGACGACACAAACGACAUCUCUGUUGCAGACAUUAACCAACGAUCAGUUAAUGCUUCUGAAGACGCAGUUUGCAGCCGCCGCCUCAACCGCCACCCAAACGGACGGACCCCCUCUUCUCAAUCAAUUGUCCGCCACAGCGACCACUGCGCCGACUCUUAUCAGUCAAGCAGUAUAUUCUGGUUCUACGGGCGAAGGCAUAUACGCGAUGGGAGCGCCGGCUUUUCCCGUUUCGUUGACAUUAUCUCCGGUUACCAUCGCUCCCUCUGCGACCACCACUGCGUCUAAUCGACCCUCAAUUAUAUCGACAAUAAUUCCAAACCCGGGCGACGGCGUCGACAGUAAUACGCAAACCAUUGUCUCAAAUGCAAACCUGACUGACAUUACUUCAAUCUCUUCUCCGUCACAAAUCGCCGGAUUUGAGCCAUCGAUGGCUCCAAACAAUUUGUCGCCUCUUCUGAUCAGUCAUUUUCACGCCGACUCGUCCAACGCGUCCACUAAUAUAACGACAUCUCUGUCCCAAUCGGUGAACACCAGUAUGUCUUCAAUAGACACUCACAUGUCUUACUCGCUUCCCAACUCCAUUGGCUCCACGAAUGUUGUCUCGAAUUCUAAUGAUUUGGAUUUGAAAAUCAAAUCAAUUAAGACGGAUGUCAUACUACAGAACACGUUGAGCACAACCACCACAACCCCAUCCAACAUAAGGAUCCCAUCGCCCCCUCCGUGGUAUCCGCCCGUCGACUUAGAUUCUCAAACGGACAGCAAUCACGACACGGCUCUGACACUGGCCUGCGCUGGAGGUCACGAGGAGUUGGUGUCGCUGUUGUUGAACAGGGGGGCGGAGCUCGAGCACAGAGACAAGAAGGGCUUUACGCCGUUGAUGUUGGCGUCGACGGCGGGCCACCUGAACGUCGUGGAGAUAAUGCUGAACAACGGCGCCGAUAUGGAGGCCCAGUCCGAGCGGACUAAGGACACGGCCCUAUCGCUCGCCUGUUCGAGUGGGCGCUACGAAGUGGUGGAGAUUCUGUUGUCGCGCGGCGCUAACAAAGAGCACCGAAACGUCUCGGACUACACGCCGCUAAGUCUGGCCGCGUCUGGCGGUUACGUCAACAUAAUAAAGCUGUUGCUGAGUCACGGCGCGGAAAUCAACUCCCGGACCGGUUCUAAACUGGGAAUCUCGCCGCUCAUGUUGGCCGCCAUGAACGGUCACGCGGCCACUGUUAAGCUGCUCCUCGAUAUGGGCAGCGAUAUCAACGCCCAGAUCGAGACCAACCGCAACACCGCCUUAACGUUAGCCUGUUUUCAGGGCAGGUGUGAAGUGGUGGGUCUGUUGCUGGACAGACGGGCCAAUGUUGAGCACAGGGCUAAAACAGGGUUAACGCCUUUAAUGGAAGCCGCUUCCGGUGCAAUACAACUCCAGCCUGCGCAAGACGAGCUGUUUCCGCGACUACAGUUGCGUUGUGGACAAGGAAGUAGCUCUCUGUGCCGCAAUUGGUAUCGCAGUCUGUUUCCCGUGAUGGCAAAACACCUUGACCUGCUGACCAGAGGAGCCAUCGUCGAUGUGAAGAACAAAAAAGGCAAUUCUCCGCUUUGGUUGGCCUGUAAUGGCGGACAUUUAGAUGUCGUUCAACUUCUGGUGAACGCCGGCUGCGAUAUCGACAGUCAGGACAACCGCAAAGUGUCGUGUCUUAUGUCUGCCUUCCGCAAGGGUCACGUGAAAGUCGUCAAAUGGAUGGUUAAACACGUGAAUCAGUUCCCGGCGGACCAGGAGAUCACCCGAUUUAUAGCGUUGAUUAACGACAAGGAGUUGCUGAAGAAGACGAACCAAUGCGCGGAGAUCUUACGUCAGGCGAAGGAACGACAGGCCGCUGAGGCCAACAAGAAUGCGACCAUUCUUUUGGAAGAAAUUGAUUUGGAGCGCACCCGAGAGGAGCACCGGAAGGCUGCGGCCGCUCGACGUCGCGAACGGAAGCGCAUCAAGAAGAAGGAGAAACAAGAGCUCAUUAAGUCGUCGACAAAGACGGGACCCUCUGAUGGCAGAGUGAAAGGCAAAGACGACGACGACGAUGACCUACUGCUGCUGUUGCUGCUGAGCUUACUACUCCUGCUGCUGCUUCUGUAUCACCUUCACUAAGGUGGCGGUCAAGGACAACAACAACGCGGCGGCGGAGGUGGUGUCUUUCUCCGCUUUGUUUUCGAAAAUCAAACGCCGAGAGUAUUGGUCGACGAGAAACCAAAGUCUGCUCCCAAAGAGACGGAGAAGCAAAAGAAAGUGGUGAAUAGUUCCCAUUUGACGAACCAUUUGAAUGCAAACUCUGUGAAGAAGUCGAGCGCACAGCCAACCAGUGCUAGAAAUAAGAGGAAAGACGACUCGAUUCCAAGUGAUAGCGAUUCGACUCAAGAGAAGACUGCUGUCAAGAGUAACGCAUCAAAUGUGUUGACAAACGCAACGCAUUCUCAUAAGAAUGUCCACAAACCCGGUGGCGACCACUCGUCCACUAAACCUGAUAUAUUCAGCGAAUUAACGGUCGAAAUGAAUGCAAACAACUCGAGUUCUGUAAGCCAUAGAAGUCCUAAUUACUCGGUAUCUAAAGGGACGGCUUCGUCGACGACUGCGAACAACAGUCAACCCAAAAAGGGUCAGAAGCGAGAGGAGGGCUGGAAGGAAGUGGUCCGCAAGUCCAAGAAAGUUGUUGUUCCCUCCAAUGCCAUCAGUCGAGUGAUAGGUCGCGGCGGUUGUAAUAUAAACGCAAUCAGAGAGGUGUCCGGCGCUCACAUCGAAGUGGAGAAGCAGAAGGGACAGGGAGACCGAAUGGUGAUCAUUAAAGGGUCGGCCGACGCCACCCGACACGCCCAGCAACUGAUCACUGCUCUCUCGAAAGAGACGGAAAAGGAUUUGUCGGAAAUCAUAAAGUCUAUGGGUUUGAGUCGACCCACAAGUGUGAGCAGCGAUGAGAUCGUCUCCACUCGUAAUCCGUGCAAAAGCCAGAGCACAGCAGUCAUGGGUUCGACAUCCCGGCAGUCAUCCAUUGCCCCCAAUGUGUUGAAGUCGUCAUCCUUGAGCUCUGUCUGCACGACGAGUUCGUCCUCCAAUGUGACCACAUAUACGAAUCGCUCGACUCUGUUGGUCAGACCGUCCGUCCCCAGCACCCAGUCGUCCGCCCCGUUCGUCAACGCAUGGAAUACUAAGAACACGACUUCCAAUCGAAUGCCUUCAAUAAGCUCAGCGCCGGUCUCCACAACUCAACAGUCGGGGGCCGUCAGCACCAAAUCGACCGUUUCGUACACAAUGGCUGUGGCGGCCAAAGGGAAGAACACCAAAACCACUUCCGUCUCCAACACAAUCCCUGCCAUUCCUAAAGUCGUAUCCAGUGCUGAAGUUAAACCUGAGAACACAAUGAAGACCACAUCCGCUUCGAUGACAAACCAUUUGCGUCCAACCGGUGCACCACAAGGCGUACAGCCUUUCCAUCAAAUGUUUACCGGCGCUCGCGUUCCCGUUCCUAUGAACAGCUCGAAUGGCGUUAAGAAUUCAUCAUAUCUUCCGACAACUAAACAGCCGUUUAAUAAUCUCCAGACCGUCACGACAUCGCAGUCGCCAACAAAGUCCGCUCCACCCGUCACUUCGGAUGACGAUAAGCCCCCGCCGGCUACCACUCCCGAGUACACGCCCUUCAACAACCUGUUCAGCAAAGUAGCGCAGGCGAGCGUCUGGGGUCAGUCCAAAGACAAGCCCAACUUCGCCAGCGUUGCCGCCUCUGGACUCACGUCCGUCGCCUCAACCAAUGCUAAUCAUCACUCAAACAGUUUGUCCGCAACAUUAGGACUACCGGUUCAACAGAAUACACAAAAAGAGCUGUCGAUUGACGCGAGUAAGGCUCCGGGCUAUAGAGGAAACCUACACAUAUCGCCCAGUAAUGUCUCGCUGUCGUCCACACCCUCCUCGUCAUCCGGCACAUCAAACUUGGGUCCCAUAGGCAGUGGUCACGCCAGGAGUGCUCCCUGUACUCCGCCACUGGUGGCCAACAACACCGGUCCACUCACGCCUUCCAGUGGCACUUCAAAAAUGACAACAACUCCGCCCCUAUCGGCAACUCCAACCCCUCCGCCGCCCCAGAAUAUUCACAUACAGAACAACCGUCUGAUGUCUGACCCCCAGAAUCAGAUGUUUUCGAUGACAAACGAGUCGAACGUAUCGCCAAUUAGUGGUAACCCGUCUCCGAGUCAUCAGUUGAACGUGUCGUCUGUUGUGAGCACUUCAUCGUCGGCCACAUCAUACCAACCGCUCCUUCAGUCAACAGCCAUCGGCCCUAAUAUACAGCCGAUUGUCUCAAAUACCAAUAAAUCUCAGAGUUAUAGCAUGUCUUCAUCCAUGAAUAUCCCGCAAAGGCAUACAUAUGUGACGCAUACCACACACAGUCAGAGCACUCCCAUGCCAUCCGUGGCGAGUGUGCAUCCCAUGCAAAUGGCUGGUGACCCGAACCCUCAAGUAUUUGGUGGUAACGCCGGUAAUACCCUCCAAAGUAACCUCAACCCAAACGCGCCGGACUUCUCAACUCGUGCGUCAAUUAUGCAGUCCUCCCAUCAGAUGAAUGGGCCGUCAAUGACACCGCAAAAGAGAAUAUCAGCCAAUUCUGGAACAAAUUCGUCGCCAAACGCAGCCCUCGUUCUUCAGGAGCAGAUGAGGGCCGCCUUUUUGGCCGCCUCUGCGAACCUACAGUUGCAGACACUGCAGAAACAACAGGCCGUCCGCAUGCAAAUGGCAGCUAAUCCUGCCCUUCAUAACAACCACUUAGCCGUCAAUGACUUCGGCGCCAACACUCCGCCGCCAUCUCCAGAAACCCUACGACUACUGCACACCGCCAUCAAUAGUCUGCCGAACGCCUCCAACUCGUCCCACAACUUGCAACACUUCGGGCUAAUGUCGGCAAACAAUUAUCUGCCACAACAGACCAGACUCUCGCAGUCGUCCAUCAAUGCGAUGGCCGUCCAGAAGGAAAUGGAGCCCAAAGUGGACUACGAGGAACGCAAACCAAUGCCCCGUCCCAUCGGCACAGAGAGGGCUCAGCGCAAGAACCCAAUGCCGAUGUUCUCGCAGAUGAGUUCGUUGUCCAAUACGAACACAAGUGAACAGAUGUGGCCCUUCGAUGCCAACGAUGUGAACGAACAGUGGCUCCAAACACAGCAACACAUGAAUGCGAGCAUCCAUUCAAACAAUUUGAUGACAGAUAACACUAUGUCUGCUAUGAAUCAAAACCUUUUCAAUCCGGAAGAGGUUUCGCAUUUUGAUGGCACAUCAUAUCACAUGAAUAUGGGCUCACAUGCGGCCAAUCCUCUCAACUACUCGGCAUCUGGUUUACCGAUGAUGGGCGUGAAUGGGGUGCCGCCACACAUGUCCGCACUCUACCAGUCAAUGUCUACCAACUCCGGGAUGAAUGUGACGCAAGACAGCGAUUACUGGAACUCCAAGAUUGGGUCGUUAUCUUCGGGGGCAACGGAUGCCAGCGCUCUGUCCGGCAACCCGUCGAACGGCGACCAGAAAAUGAACUGGAACCACUGGAACCAUAACACGUGACAAACUACUCACACAAUUGAUUCGGGAUUUUAUGUCAUAAACUAUAAGACUAUACGAUAAUCAAUACAUAUAUUAAACGAACGAAUCGGUGGUUGACAGCUGUUGUCAAUGCAUUGGUUGAGUUCAGUGAGUGAUUAUAGAAUGAAUGCAAACAUAUAUUAUUGUUAAUUAUUAUAAAUAUUAUAAACGCCAAC